AUGGAAGCAGCAACGCUUGGGACGUCUCUCCCAGUUCCCUGUGUUCAGGAGCUGGCAAAGGAGUCACUAACCACAGUCCCAACAAGAUAUUCGCGUGACCCUCCGAUCAUAAGCGACAUUGCUGCAGCUUCUUCACCCCAGAUUCCAGUUAUUGACAUGCAAAGAUUGAUUUCUGAACAAUUCAUGGAUCUAGAGCUGGAUAAGUUGGACCAUGCUGAAGGGGAGAUUCCAGAGUUUUUCGACCUCCCAACGGAAGAGAAAAGGAAGUACUGGCAAACAGCAGGAGAAAUGGAGGGAUUUGGACAAGCUUUUGUUGUGUCUGAGGAGCAGAAGCUUGAUUGGGGAGACAUAUUCUACAUGGUCACUCUUCCAACUCAUGAGAGGAAACCUCAUUUAUUCCCCAAGCUUCCUCAACCACUCAGAGAUACUUUGGAAGCAUACUCAGCAGAACUGAAAAUUCUUGCCUUAAAGAUUCUCUAUCUCAUGGCUAAAGCUCUAGGAAUGAAACCUGAUGAUAUAAAAGACUUGUUCGAAGAUGGGUGUCAGAUGAUGAGGAUGAACUAUUAUCCACCAUGCCCACAACCAGAGCUUGUCAUUGGCCUUAACUCUCACACUGAUGCCACUGGCCUCACCAUCCUCCUCCAAAUGAGUGAGGUGGAAGGGUUACAGAUAAGGAAAUCGGGGAAGUGGAUUCCGGUUAAACCACUACCAGAUUCGUUUGUGGUCAACAUUGGAGACAUGUCGGAGAUUGUGACUAACGGGAUUUACCGCAGCACUGAGCACCGAGCAACUGUUAACUCGAUGAAAGAGCGCCUUUCUCUGGCCACCUUUUACAGCCCCAAUCUAGACAGUGAAAUGGGUCCUGCACCAAGCCUUGUUACUCCAGAGACUCCAGCGCAAUAUAGGAGAAUAAGGGUUGCGGAAUUCUUGAACGGAUAUUUUUCACGUGAACUCGCUGGAAAAUCAUAUAUUGAUGUCAUGAAGAUUCAAAAUGGAGGCGGAGAAGAAAAUUGA